AUGGCAGAAGAAGAGAAAACUAGACCAUCCGAGGCGGCCGACGAAGAGCUUGAUGAAUGGGACCAGAGAAUCUUCAGCACAGGUUGCUCAGCGGAACAACUUCGAAUGAAUGAUUGCUAUUACGAGAAGAAGGACUGGCGAGCAUGCAAGAACGAGACAGUGCUGGAAGAGGAAUGGAAACGAGCAGCGGACACAAAGCAAAACGUCCUGAGUGCGUCUCUGUCCACUGUCAUGGUCAUCAUAGAAGCUUUCCAGCUGCAAGAGCCGCUCUUGCUCUUGCCAGUGCCUGCUGAAAUUCGUGCCUGCCUCAGCACGCGGGGGUCACGGGUUUUGGUGUAG